AUGGGAAGAGGGAGGGUUGAACUGAAGAGGAUAGAGAACAAAAUCAACAGGCAAGUCACAUUUGCCAAGAGAAGAAAUGGGUUGCUCAAGAAAGCCUAUGAGCUCUCAGUCCUUUGUGAUGCUGAGGUUGCCCUCAUCAUCUUCUCCAACCGUGGCAAGCUUUAUGAGUUCAGCAGCACCUCAAGACUCAGAGGAAGAGAAACAGGAAAAGGGCGUCCUUUAGCUUCUAAGGCUGUGAAUCUACGUCUAUCCUCAAAACCGUUGUGGAAUAGCUGGUUUGAUCUACAAGACUAA